AUGCUGGCAACCGAGGCGAUCGACACGGUUUCCAACUGGAUGCAAGGAGCGAAGCUGCAGAUAGCCCACCACAAAACGGAAGUGCUAUUGGUCAGUAGCUGUAAAGCUGUUCAGCGGGCAGAAAUUACCGUCGGGGAGAACGCCAUAGUAUCAAAGCGCGUGCUGAAGUAUCUUGGAGUGAUACUCGAUGACCGAGUAAGCUUCAAUAGCCACGUCGACUACGCAUCUCAACGUAGAUUUUUAAAUAUUUUUUUUCAGGUUAUUAAACCGUUUCUACACAAUUCUUCUAGAAGCAAGCGAAACGUCCAAAAGAAACGCAAGAACAAAUCAGAAAAUCGGAACCCAUUAAUUGAUUUGCCGGUUGAUCAUCAUAAAAGUUGCCAAAUUAAAACGCUUUAUGUGAGUUUUAAGGAUUUAAACUGGCAGGACUGGAUAAUUGCACCUGAAGGAUAUGGAGCGUUUUAUUGCAGUGGAGAGUGCAAUUUUCCACUAAAUGCUCAUAUGAAUGCAACAAAUCAUGCAAUUGUACAAACACUCGUACAUCUAAUGCAUCCUAGUAAGGUACCCAAACCGUGCUGCGCUCCUACGAAGCUGAUUCCAAUUUCGGUGCUUUACCACAUAGAUGAAACUAAUGUAAAUUUAAAAAAGUACAAAAAUAUGGUCGUUAAAAGUUGUGGGUGUCAUUGAACAAUUUGCAUUAAGUAUAAAAGUAUAUGUGACCUUAUAUCAAAACUAAAAAUAAUUUAUAAUUGCUUUGUGAAAAUCAUUAACAUUAUUAAUUAAACAUUAUGUGAUUAAGUAUUUCUAGUUUUUCAGCCAUUUA